AUGACUGUACCGAACGAGAGUUUUAUCGAGUUAGUCGACGAGUUCGACGACACGUUCGCCCAACUUACUUAUGGAAGUAAAGUACUUUAUAGAGAUCCAUGGUUGAAAAAAGUUUCUUCCGACGUCGUCGACUAUGAGCUGCGAAAUUUGACGAUUAAUAUGACCUCAAUCGCCAGCAAACGAAACAUUCGAUUAUCUUCGAAGCAAUCCUUGGUCAACGUUGAGGAAGGAUUGGGAAUUUAUCAUGACGAUUAUAAAUCAGAUAAGAAGAAAACUUUGUCAAAAUUGUUGAUCGUGCCCACUACAAGCCGUUUCUUAUUUCAUUUGCGAGGGAAUCGAUUAAAGAUACCAAAAUAUCAAAACACGUAUCGCCUGAAACCCUUCAGAUCUUUCUGCGUCGAGACGGUCGACAAUAUCGUUUCUGCCGUAAUGGAAAAUAAAUUAUCACUCUUCUCGUUCUAUCAGUCGGAUAAUGCCUCCAAGUUAUCUAUGGAGAUUUCCAACGAUGUCUUCAAAGCGAUCAACAAGAGAGAUUACGAUAGAUGUAAAAUAGUGGUACAAGUGACUAUCAUACAACGUAUGGGGCAAAGCGUACAUUCCGCCUUUCAGUGCCUCUGGGAUGUGGAACGUGACAAUUACUCGUACUACGUUUUCGAAAAUUCUCACAUAUACGCGUGGUGCUGCGUGUUCGGUCUUUACUACGAAUGAAAACGAAAUUCCCUGUCUCUCUCUCUCUCUCUCCCUCUCUGUGUGUGUGUGUGUCUGUUCCUCUAUUCCUCUCUGCGUAUUUCUCCAGCUUCAACCUUAGCGACGACCCGUAGAGACCGUCUGGUGUUACCGAGCAACGUAGAGCAGGUGUCCUUUUAUCCUCUUCUCCGUACGAGCGCGAUCCUAAUACACAUAUUUUCCUGUUAUUACGCGAACAAGAUCGACAAGAGACGCUACGUACUUUCGCUCUUGAAAUUCAUGUUCGUAAAAUCAUUGAGGUCCGAACGUUUAAAAGUUACUCUCGAAAACUAUUUCGUACGUUGCUCUCUUUACUUUGCGAUAUUUCAUAUGACAUUAUUUCUUUAUGUUUGAAAUACAAUGAACCCCCCGUUGAAGUCCCGAUCGAUUAUACCUAU